AUGAAGGCUGCCUUGCUUGCCCUGUUCUUCCUUGUCUUUGCCUUCACAUCAGCCAAAGCAAGUAUUUUGGUUGACACCGAAGGCAACGCCGUCAGAAAUGGUGGCUCAUACUACAUCCUUCCAGCACGCCGGGGAAACGGCGGCGGCCUCAGCCUUGCGGCCAUCGGCGGCGAAUCUUGCCCUCUUACCGUUGUUCAAACUUUGUCCGAACAAUCCAACGGUUUGCCCACCAGACUUUCUUCUCCUUACAAAAUCCUUUAUCUGCCCACAAACUUUGAUUUGGACUUCACCGUCGUUGCACCACCAAAGUGCGCAGCCCAACCGGCGAAAUGGACGAUCGUCGGCCGAAAAGAAGAGAAUAGGCAAGUGAAACUAGCGGGACAGCAAGACACCGUACGUGGUUCGUUUAGAAUUCAGACACAUCGUGGCCUGACCUACAAGAUUGUGUUCUGUGAGAGUGGUGAAGAGUCUUGCAGGGCUCUUGGGCUUUCCAACGAUGACAAAGGACACAGAAUUUUGUCUAUUAACGAUGAAAAUCCUUUCGUUGUCGUGUUUCGUAAGGCUCAAUCAUCUGCCGCAUAA